AUGUUAACAGGUGGUUGUAUCCCCACCCCCCCCCCCUGCUUCUGUCCAAGGGUUAAUGACCAUCAGAGGAAGAAGCACUAUACACUUCCACCAUCAGGGGAAGAAGCACUAUACACUUCACCAUCAGAGGAAGAAGCACUAUACACUUCACCAUCAGGGGAAGAAGCACUAUACACUUCACCAUCAGAGGAAGAGGCACUAUACACUUCACCAUCAGAAGAAGAAGCACUAUACACUUCACCAUCAGAAGAAGAAGCACUAUACACUUCACCAUCAGAGGAAGAAGCACUGCACACUUCUGCACCAUCAGAGGAAGAGGCACUAUACACUUCACCAUCAGAGGAAGAGGCACUAUACACUUCACCAUCAGAAGAAGAAGCACUAUACACUUCACCAUCAGAGGAAGAAGCACUAUACACUUCACCAUCAGAGGAAGAAGCACUAUACACUUCACCAUCAGAGGAAGAGGCACUAUACACUUCACCAUCAGAGGAAGAGGCACUAUACACUUCACCAUCAGAGGAAGAAGCACUGUACACUUCACCAUCAGAGGAAGAAGCACUAUACACUUCACCAUCAGAGGAAGAAGCACUAUACACUUCACCAUCAGAGGAAGAAGCACUAUACAGUUCACCAUCAGAGGAAGAAGCACUAUACACUUCACCAUCAGAGGAAGAAGCACUAUACACUUCACCAUCAGAGGAAGAAGCACUAUACACUUCACCAUCAGAGGAAGAAGCACUAUACACUUCACCAUCAGGGGAAGAAGCACUAUACACUUCACCAUCAGAGGAAGAAGCACUAUACACUUCACCAUCAGGGGACGAAGCACUAUACACUUCACCAUCAGAGGAAGAAGCACUAUACACUUCACCAUCAGAGGAAGAAGCACUGUACACUUCACCAUCAGAGGAAGAAGCACUGUACACUUCACCAUCAGGGGAAGAAGCACUGUACACUUCACCAUCAGAGGAAGAAGCACUGUACACUUUACCAUCAGAGGAAGAAGCACUGUACACUUCACCAUCAGAGGAAGAAGCACUGUACACUUCACCAUCAGAGGAAGAAGCACUAUACACUUCACCAUCAGAGGAAGAAGCACUGUACACUUCACCAUCAGGGGAAGAAGCACUGUACACUUCACCAUCAGGGGAAGAAGCACUGUACACUUCACCAUCAGGGGAAGAAGCACUGUACACUUCACCCCGACACCCGCUUCAUCAGAGCCAUUAA